AUGUCAGACUCCAACCACACCAGCACCUCCUUCUUCCUAACGGGCCUCCCAGGCCUUGAGGCUGUGCACACCUGGCUCUCCAUCCCUCUGUGUGCCAUGUAUGUGGCAUCUCUGGCAGGGAACAGCCUGAUUCUGUGGGUGGUCAGAUCAGAGCCCUCCCUGCAUCAGCCCAUGUACUACUUUCUGUCCAUGCUGGCAGUGACCGACCUGGGCCUGUCUGCCUUCACACUGCCCACCAUGCUCCCCAUCUACAUGCUGGGUCUCAGGGAGGUGACGGUGGAUGUGUGCCUGGCCCAGCUCUUCUUCAUUCACACCUUCUCCAUCAUGGAGUCCUCUGUGCUGCUGACCAUGGCCUUUGAUCGUUUUGUGGCCAUCAGCAACCCCCUGCGCUAUGGCACCAUCCUCACGAGUCCCCGGAUUGCCAGCUUGGGCCUGGCCAUCGUGGUGCGCAGCAUCGGUCUCCACAUCCCAGCCCCCAUCAUGCUGAAGAAGCUGCCUUACUGCCAGAACCGCCUGCUUUCCCACUCCUACUGCCUGCACCCAGAUGUCAUGAAGCUGGCCUGUGCCGACACCCACAUCAACAGUGCCUAUGGUCUCUUUGUAGUGCUCUUCACUCUGGGUGUGGACUCAGUGCUCAUUGUCCUCUCCUAUGCGCUGAUCCUCGAAACAGUGCUGUCCAUUGCCUCCAAGGCUGAGCAACUCAAAGCCCUCAACACUUGUGUCUCCCACAUCUGUGCUGUGCUGCUCUUCUAUACACCUACCAUUGGCCUGUCCAUGAUCCACAGAUUUGCAAGGCAGGCUUCCCCUUCCAGCCGUGUACUGCUCUCUUAUUUGCACUAUCUCACACCUCCAUUGCUCAAUCCCAUUGUCUAUACUGUCAAAACAAAACAAAUCCGACUGAGGAUGCUCCGUCUCUUUCAGCGGAAUAGAACUAGCAAUAGGGAAAAAGAGCAUAAUUAA